AUGCAAAAUUACAAUCUCUUUGUAAUGAACGUAUUAACAUUACAAGAAGAUUUAAAACAACGUGAAACACAAUAUGAAAAUGCUGAAAUACAACAAGAAAAAGAAAUUAUCGAACGUAAACAACUUGAUCUUAUACAUCAAUUUCAAACAGUUUCUAAACAACAACAACAAUUAGAAGAAGAUACAUCAUCAUUAUCUACAACAAGAAAAUCACUUGUAGAAAUUCAACAAACAAAACCACGUCCAAAAAGUAUUGGACCAAUAACAUCAAAAACUCAAUCAUUACCAAAAACAAUGAUAAUAAGAAAUUGUGAACCAUCUAUACUUAGGAUUAACCAAAAGUUCGUAGAACGAUGUUUAAAUUUUUAUAAAAUACUUAAUAUCGAAAGAUUUAUUGCAUGA